AUGUCUUCUCCACCAGCAGCACCGAGCAGUCCGCCUCAGGACAACUAUGGCCCUGACGAACAAUUACGCAACGAAGCAGCAGCGUCUCAAAACUCCUUACAGCCCCCUACCGACGGAACCACUCAGAACUCGCAACAACCGCCAGCCUCUUCACCACUCUUCUUCCACUCUUCACCUGCCGUCAAUGCUGGAGCAGAUGGCAUGAGCUCGCCCAUGAGGGCUGAGUCCACACUACCAAGCGAUGGCGGCCCGACACCAAGAGCCUCAGGGCAGACCAUUGGAGAUUCAUCUCCAAUCCGUUACGCAUCUAGUUCAAGCGGAGCACCUUUGACGGCAGGCAACAGAACCAAUCAACUCCGAAGCGACAGCAGCGGCCUGUUCGUGCGUUCCCCCUACUCGGGGGGUCCAGUUGGUGCAGCCAAUAGACGCCACGACAUUGAAUCAGAUAUUCUUUCUGGAAGCGGGCGACGAAGACUCUUUGUCGACGAGCAAGGCAGACCCACACGCGAUGAAACAUCCCACUCCGACACUGCUACCUUCUCUAAUGUCGACCCUCACACUUCCGAAGCUAACAUUCUUGGAGGACACUCGACCAGAACCGUCUGGGGUACCAACAUCAGUGUUUCGGAUACGUUAAGCACAUGUCAGAGCUUCUUCCGUGACUUCCAGAAGAAGUAUCGCAUGCGCUACGAUGGAGAACUCACAGAGACUCAAAACUUGCCCGCCGAUCAUCCUGGAAAUGAGAAGGUCUACAUGGAUGCCCUUGAAUUGAUGUUGGAUCUGGGAACAAGCCAGUUGAACUUGGACAUGGAAAACCUCAAGGCAUAUCCUUCGACACAAAAGCUGUGGUACCAGAUGCAGAACUUCCCUGCCGAAAUUCUUCCCAUCUUCGAUCAAGCCCUGAAGGAUACAAUGUACGAACUGGCAGAGAAGCGCAUGUCGGAAAUGCGCAUUCCACCUCAGCGUCACCAAUCGGCCAGAGAUAGCUCUGUCCCAGCCAUGCCUUCAUCGGAUUACGAUGCUACAACACCACGACCCACUCAAAACGAGAACGUUCCUGACCUUAUCCAAGAAGUUGAGAGCCGCAUCUUCAGAAUCAGACCUUUCAACAUGGGCAAGACCAUCAACCUGCGCGACCUCAACCCUGGAGACAUGGAUAAGAUGGUCAGCGUCAAGGGUCUUGUUAUCAGAACCACACCUAUCAUUCCCGACAUGAGAGAAGCCUUCUUCCGUUGCUCUGUUUGUCAUCAUACUGUCAAAGUCGAUAUCGAUCGUGGCAAGAUUGCUGAGCCAACUGUUUGCCCUCGCGAAGUGUGCGCUUCUCCCAACUCUAUGCAGAUUGUACACAACCGCUGCGUCUUCUCCAACAAGCAAGUCAUCAAGUUGCAAGAGACCCCUGAUCGUGUACCUGAUGGUCAAACUCCACACUCGGUCUCGUUGUGCGUGUACGAUGACCUCGUAGACGUCUGCAAGGCAGGUGACAGGGUUGAGAUUACUGGUGUGUUCAAGUGCAACCAAGUUCGCAUCAACCCUCGUCAGAGAUCAGUCAAAAACAUUUUCAAGACAUAUAUUGACUGUGUCUUCAUCAAGAAGGUCGACAAGCGUCGUAUGGGUAUCGAUAUCUCAACGCUCGAGGAGGAGUUGUCAGAGCAAGCUUCCGGUGGUAAAGAAGAGGUCAGGAAGGUCAGCGCAGAAGAAGAGGCAAAGAUUCUCGAGACUGGCGCUCGUCCCGACGUCUACGACCUUCUCUCACGGUCCUUGGCCCCCAGCAUCUACGAAAUGGAUGAUGUGAAGAAGGGUAUCCUACUUCAACUCUUCGGAGGCACCAACAAAUCUUUCGAGAAGGGUGGGAGCCCCAAGUAUCGUGGCGACAUUAACGUCUUGCUCUGUGGUGAUCCCUCAACAGCAAAGUCGCAGAUUCUCUCAUACGUUCACAGAAUUGCACCUCGCGGUGUCUACACCAGUGGUAAGGGUUCAUCCGCUGUUGGUCUGACGGCCUAUGUCACUCGCGAUCCUGAAACACGGACACUGGUCCUGGAGUCUGGUGCUCUGGUUUUGUCAGAUGGUGGUGUCUGCUGUAUCGAUGAAUUCGACAAGAUGAACGACUCGACACGAUCAGUUCUUCACGAAGUCAUGGAACAGCAGACUGUCUCUAUCGCAAAGGCUGGUAUUAUUACCACCCUGAACGCAAGAACCAGUAUCUUAGCAUCUGCCAACCCCAUCGGCAGCAAGUACAACCCCAACUUGCCUGUACCGCAGAACAUCGAUCUGCCGCCAACUCUGCUUUCACGUUUCGACCUGGUGUAUCUCGUGCUUGAUCGCAUUGAUGAGAUGAAUGAUCGUCGCAUGGCAAAGCAUUUGGUUGGCAUGUACCUUGACGAUACACCUGAGAACGCCAGCUCGAAUGAAAUUCUCCCUAUCGAAUUCCUAACCUCUUACAUCUCCUACGCUCGCAACAACAUCCAGCCAAAGAUCUCAGAAGAGGCUUCAAAAGCCCUAGUAGACGCCUACGUCUCGAUGCGCGCCCUCGGCGCCGACGUACGUUCAGCAGACCGCCGCAUCACAGCCACAACGCGUCAACUAGAAUCUAUGGUCCGCUUGUCAGAAGCACACGCAAAGAUGCGCCUUAGCAGCGAAGUCACAGCCGACGAUGUCCACGAAGCCGUCCGUCUGAUUCAGUCAGCACUCAAGCAAUCAGCCACAGACGCAAGAACUGGAUUGAUCGACAUGGGACUGUUGACUGAAGGCACCAGUGCUUCUGAAAGAAAACGCAAGAGUGAUCUCAAGGAUGCGGUGCUCAGUGCUGUAGACGACAUGCUUAGGAGCGGUAACUCGAGUGUCAGAGUUCAAGAUGUGUUGAGACGUGUUGGCGAGGAUUCGACCGUUCCUGUCGAGUCUGUCGAGUUGGCUGAAGCGUUGCGUGCGCUUGAGGGAGAAGGCAAGUUGUUGAUCUCGGGCGAAGGGCAGAGACGUAGUGUUAGAAGGGUCACUGGUAUUGCUUGA